AUGGCAUUUGAUAUUGAUGAUGAAUUGCCAGAUCGAGAGAGUGCUCGACAAUUCUAUCAAAAGUACGAACCGAAAGAAGUAAUUGGAAAAGGUUUAUCUUCAGUUGUGCGAAAAUGUGUGGAGAAAGCAACAGGAAAAGAAUACGCAUGUAAAAUAAUCGAAUUCAAUGAUGAUGAUAACCAUCAUGAACGUGCUGCUACACUACAAGAAAUUCAGAUUUUGAAACUCGUCGGUGGUCAUCCGAAUAUUAUUGAUAUAGUCGCAUCAUUUGAAACACCAAAUUAUGUUUUUAUCGUUAUGGAACUGUGCCCUAAUGGAGAAUUAUUUGAUUAUUUAACGAAAGUUGUUCGUCUAUCAGAAAAACGCACGCGUCAGAUUAUGUCCAGUAUAUUGAAUGCUGUUAAUCAUCUACAUUCCCAUCGUGUUGUGCAUCGAGAUUUAAAACCAGAAAAUAUCUUGAUGGAUGCAACAAUGAAUGUUAAAAUUACUGACCUGGGCUUUGCAGUGCGACUUGGCGAGAAUGAAGCUUUAACUGAUCUCUUUGGAACACCCGGUUACAUGGCCCCCGAAUUGUUGCGAUGUUCGCAAUUCGACGACAUGCCUGGUUAUGGUCUUCCAGUUGAUCUCUGGGCAUGUGGGGUGAUCUUAUAUACACUCUUGAGUGGCUUACCACCAUUUUGGCAUCGUAAGCAGCAUCUGAUGUUUCGCAUGAUUAUGGAUGGGCAAUAUACCAUGAGCGGACCUGAAUGGGACGAUGUUUCUGGAACGGCGAAAGAUUUAAUCGAGCAUUUGCUAGUGACAGAACCUUCGGAACGUUAUACAGCUGCACAAGCACUUCAACAUCCAUUUUUUAAUAAUGAACGGUCACGACGAAAAGAUUUUAUGGCGAAACGAACGCUCAAGGCACACAUCAUUCUGGUUUGGUCUAUAUAUCGUCUAAGAACUCUACAUUAUCGACCACAACCAAUACGUGGAAAAGAACUAUUAGAAAACCCCUAUCGAUUCAAAUCGUAUCGUAAAAUGAUCGACUCAACUGCCUUUGUACUUUAUGGACAUUGGAUAAAAAAGGACGAACAUCAAAAUCAAAACCGUGCGACAUUAUUUCAAACAGAACAAAAGUCUGAUCUUGUUCGUCACCAACAACUAUUACAACAACGACGCAUUGAACAAGAAUCCAAACUACUUCGCCUGCAUAGUCAACGAUCAAUUGAUGACCACUCAACAAUUCAAGUCACUGCAAGUUAA